AUGGGCGUCGACGCCACCAAAACCCUUCCCACAGACGCCGCCUCCAGUGACCUCCCAGGGGUGGUAGCAGCACCAGGGGCACACUCAGUGGGCGGCUGCAGCCUUGGGCGCGACCCCCCACCUGGUGGUAUGACGUUCCCCAGGGGAAUUCCCAGGAGUGGCUGCGCCCAAGGGUCCUCCCCAGGGGUGGUAGCAGCACCAAGGCUCACUCAGAGGCGGUGGCGCCCCCAGGGACACUCCCAGGGACAGUGCGCCAGGGGUCCUUCCAGGGGUGGUGAUGCCCCUAGGGACCCUCCUACAGGGCAGCGGCGCCCCCAAGAAUCCUCCAAGGAGCGACGUCGCCCCCAAACGUCCUUUCCACGGACAGCAGCUCCCCCAGGGAACCUCCCAAGUACCCUCCAAGAGGUGGCGGCACCCCCAGGAACUCUCCCAGGGACGGCAGCGCCCACAGAGACCCUCCAAGGGGCGCCGGCGCGCUCAGGGACCCUACCAGGGGCGGUGGUGACCCCAGGAACCCUUCCAGGGGUAGCAGCGCCCCCAUGGAUCCUCCCAGGGACGGCGGCGUCAUCAGGGUCCCUAACAGGGGCGGCGACAUCCCCAGGGACCAUCCCAGAGGCCUUCUCAGGGGCGGUGGCUUCCUCAGCAACUUUCCUAGGUGUGGUGACGCUCUCGACCCCUCUUAGGCGUCGACGCCCCCAAACCGCCCCCCCCCAGAAACGGCGGCGCCCCCCAGGGUGCCACCCAAUUAGAACAGAGCCCCCUGGGGCCCUCCCAUCAGCAGCGGCCUCCCAGGGACCUUCUCAGGGGCAGGGAGCCCCCACCGGCCCUUCCAGAGCUGGUGGAGUUCCCAGCGGCUCUCCCAGACUCUGCGGCACCCCCAGGGAUGGCAACACCCCCAGCGACCCUCCCAGGAGCAGCAAUUCCCUCCAAAACCCUCACAUAGACGGCGCCCACCACCCCCCUUCAGGGGGCCUUCCAGAGGCCCUCCCAACGACUUUGGCAUCCUUAAGGGUCUUCUCCUGGGCUGCGACGCCCCAGAGACUCUCCCAGAGGCUGUGA